UCCGGCAGGCGAGCAAAAAGAAAAAGAGGAAUACCAAGCAAGGAAUCAGGAAACACGGAGAAAUAAUACUACAGUCAAAUAAAACAGGAUGCAGACCUGAGGGCACCCCCGCCGCUGCCUUGCCGCGUAGGACCGACGGCGACGUGCGACCAUCCGCCUCUGCCUCGGCUCCCUCGCCCUCCUGCUCCGCGAGCGCCUCUGCGUCCGCGUGCCUUGUUGCGAGAGCCAGCGACCCCGCCCCCGACCCCACCCCCACGAGCGUAGGCAUGGGGUUCGGCCGGGACCUGCGGAACUCGCACGAGGGCCUCGUGAAGCUGCAGGACUGGGAGCUGCGUCUCCUGGAGACUGUCAAGCGCUUCAUGACGCUGCGCGUCAAGAGCGACAAGGAGUACGCCUCGCUGCUGCUCAACAUCAGCCAGCAGGUGGACAAGCACGACAGCCCCUCGCAGGUGCACUACAUCAGCACCGUCUCCAAGUCCUGGGCCAACAUGAUGCUGCAGACGGAGCAGCUGAGUAAGAUCAUGAAGUCGCAUGCGGAGGAGCUGAACUCCGGCCCCCUGCACCGCCUCACCAUGAUGAUCAAGGACAAGCAGCAGGUCAAGAAGAGCUACCAGGCCGUCCACCAGCAGAUAGAGACCGACCUCUGCAAGGUGACAAAAAAUGACCUGGAGAAGUUAAAGUGUACCUACAGACAGCUGACCAAGGAUGCUCACUGUGCCAAAGAGAAGUACCGGGAAGCCGUAGCAAAAGGUAAGGAGCCAGAGAAAGCGCGCGAGCGCUACGACAAGGCCACGAUGAAGCUCCAUAAUCUGCAUAACCAGUACGUGCUGGCGGUCCGCAGCGCUCAACUCCACCAGGAACAGUACCACGACACCACGUUACCCCUGCUGCUCGACUCACUACAGAAGAUGCAGGAGGAGAUGAUUGUAGCGCUGAAGGGGAUUCUGGAGGAGUAUAGCGAGAUCACGAGUCUCUUAACAGACGAGAUCGUCAAAGUGCACAAAGAGAUCAACACCUCCAUCGACCAGAUAGACCCCGUGUCGGAGUACGAGCAGUUCAUAGAAGCCUACAAGACUCCUGCGACCAAAGAGCCCAAUGUGGAGUUUGACGUGACGUUACUGGAGGAGACGGAGAAUCUAGAGGCGAACGAGAUCCUCUGGAACAAUCUGACUGCAGACAGUUUACAAGCAGUGCUCAGGUCCACCAGCGAGGAGCUGACGCUGAUCCAGCAGACGCUGCGCAGUAAAGAAGACCUGAUGCAGGAGCUGCAGAACAAGAUCGAGGAGUCCACCAAGACCUGCGAGAAGAAGUCAGAUGCGGUCCUCCUGCUGAGCCAGAAGCAGUCCCUUGAGGAGCUUCGCCAGACGGUGCAGCUGCUGCGCUGUUCGGAGGCCAAGCUGACGGCCCAGCGCGAGCUGCUCGAAACAAAGAUGGCCGACAGCGAGGGCAAGGAGCCGCCGCCCGUCGUCAACUACGAGGAGGACGCGCGCUCCGUCAACUCCAUGACCUCACAGCUGCCUUGUCUCAGGGACAAGGGCAAGGACAGGAUAUCGAAGUUUGACACGUUGCGUUACUCCAUCGCAGGCUUCAUCCGCUCGCCCAAGUCAAUGCUCGUCGGCUCCUCCUCGUUUUUCGACGUGAUUCCUACAAGUGAGAAGCCGCUGGGUGAGCAGGAGUGGUACCACGGGGCCAUCCCACGCACGGAGGCCCAGGAGCUGCUGAAGCAGCAGGGGGACUUUCUGGUCCGUGAGAGCCACGGCAAGCCCGGCGAGUACGUCCUCUCCGUCUUCUCCGACGGACAGCGACGGCACUUCAUCAUACAGUUUGCUGACAACGCGACUGACAAAGGGGGACAUGCAGAGCAGUGUGGAGAGAAUCAGUAUCGUUUUGAAGGCACAGGUUUCCCCACUAUCCCCCAGCUGAUUGAGCACCACUACGACACUAAGCAGGUCAUCACCAAGAAGUCCGGAGUGGUGCUUCUCAACCCCGUCGUCAAGGACAAGAAAUGGAUCCUGAACCACGAGGAUGUCAUUCUGGGAGAGCUCCUGGGGAAAGGCAACUUUGGUGAGGUGUUCAAGGGCACGCUUCGAGACAAGACGCCAGUAGCUGUGAAGACCUGCAAGGAAGAUCUGCCCCAGGACCUGAAAAUCAAGUUCCUGUCAGAAGCCAGGAUUCUUAAACAGUAUGAUCAUCCCAACAUCGUGAAGCUAAUAGGUGUCUGCACACAACGACAGCCCAUAUAUAUAGUGAUGGAACUCGUGCCAGGUGGAGACUUUUUGUCAUUCUUGCGGAAGAAGAAGGAAGAUCUGAAGACGAAGCAGCUGGUGAAGUUUGCUUUAGACGCUGCUGCGGGCAUGGCGUACCUCGAGCUCAAGAACUGCAUCCACAGGGACUUGGCGGCACGUAACUGCCUGGUUGGUGACAGUAACGUUCUGAAGAUCAGUGACUUUGGGAUGUCGCGACAGGAGGACGACGGCAUCUACUCCUCCUCAGGUCUCAAGCAGAUCCCCAUCAAGUGGACCGCACCAGAGGCCCUCAACUACGGGAGAUACAGCUCUGAAAGUGACGUGUGGAGCUACGGGAUCCUCCUGUGGGAGACGUUUAGCCUGGGGGUGUGUCCAUAUCCGGGGAUGACCAAUCAGCAAGCUCGAGAGCAAGUUGAAAAAGGCUACCGGAUGUCGUGUCCCCAGAAGUGUCCUGAGGAAGUGUACAAGGUGAUGCAGCGCUGCUGGGAGUACAAGCCAGAGAACCGGCCCAAGUUUGCCGACAUCCAGAAGGAGCUGGCCUCUAUCAAGAAGAAGUAGCCACGGCAACCGGGGUGGGGUGGGGUGGGGUGGGGGGGUCAGAGGUCAGACGGGGGGUCGGGGGUCAAGAGGUGGGUAGCAUUCAGCCCAGGUGGUGAUCAUCAGCCCCAGCUUCAGGUCAACAUUGGGGGUGUCACUGUCACAAUUUUUUGAAACGAUGUACUCGAAAAAAGGCACAAACAGACGGAAGACAAUAAUCAACGUUUUCAUUAUUGGAGGUGUUUUUGCCCUUUCAAAUUUAUCUUUGGGGGCGCAAAAAGGUCUGUGGCCCCCCCUCAUUUGGCGCCCAUGGUGGUGAUGAUGAUGAUGACGAUGCCGAGGUGCUCUCUAUCCAGCUUUAUGGAACAUUCUAGAAUGCUCCAGCCUCAACAACACUAUUACUCUUGUUUUUGUUUUUUGUCUGUUUUGUUUUGUUUGUUUAUUUAGUUUGUUUGUUACAUAAUCACUGUGUGAAUUUUUUCCUAUGCAACAGCUGUCUUGAGCCAUUGUCAAGGAGGUCUCUUGUCACAUAUUAUUAUUAUUAUUAUUAUUAUUAUUAUUAUUAUUAUUAUUAUUAUAAGCCUAAUCUUUUCCCAGAGCUGCAGUAUUUUUGAUAAGGUGUUUACUCUUCGCUCUUUUCUACACUCAUUUUCCAUCCUUUUUUUAAAAGCCAAUAUUGAUCACAGCAGGGUCUCUUACAGAUCGCCGGAUUAUUCACCAGUCCUCAUCGUGUUACUGACAGUAGAGACGUUGUAAACUGCCAGCCAAACGUUCAGGUCCCACUCGUCCAGGUGUCACACUGUUCACGUGUUAGUGGUGACUUAUUUCUGACCUCAUACAACUGGGGCCUAUACUACAAAGCUGGUUCAGGAUAAGAUAAGUUAAGGUGAAGUUAGUAGGUAAAUCAUCUAAUACAAGAGCUUUUCUUAAGAAAAUGAGGACACCAGACUCUUCUAUUAGAUGAUUUACCUCUUAACUUGACCUUAACUUAUCCUGAACCAGCUUUGUAGUAUAGGCCCCUGAUGUCAAACCUGAUGAACCGAUCUCGAACCAGAGAAAGUUCACCCAAGCUUGAUGGGUGUAAGGUAUUGUGGCUGGCUGAGGUUUGGAUUUUUUUUUUUUACAGUGUAUCGUCGCUGUCCAGCAAAAACCACUUAUCUCCACUUCUCAUUGUUUUUUAUGUAUUGAUUUAUAAAACCACAUUUUCUAAAAAAAAAUAAUCAUUGCAACAUUAAAGUUGGCUACUAAAUUAUUUAUCAUACACAUAUACCCAUGGAGACUGACCAGUAGUACUGUCUUUUAUUUUAUAAUAAAUAAAGAACGAACAUAAAAAACUAAAAAUGAUAGUGGAGAUAAGUGUUUUUUGCUGGACAGCGACGGUAUACUUUAGAGGGAAAUGUAAUUGGUUUUCUCUUUGUAUUCAGUGUUUCGACUGAAGAGUUGUUAUAGAGUUGUUAUAGACAAAACACAAUCUUUAAAUAAGGUUUCUUUUUUUAUGAAAACCUUACCCACAUUGAUCAUUUUAGUUACCUUUUUCAUGAUGCAAAACUGCUGUCAGUUAAUCAGUUUCAGUCAGUGUUGAAAAUGUCAAUGUUUAUUAAACACACACACACACACACACACACACACACACACACACACACACACACACACACACACACACACACACACACACACACACACACACACACACACACACACACACACACGCACACGCACACGCACACACACACACGCACACAAGCCAUAAUCCCCAACUGCUCUGAAUGUCCAAGUUACACCAGCAACAAAGGCAUUUGGAGGCCUUACAAUCCGAUGGUCCUCUGAUGGACCAUGUGAAUCGUACCAGAGAAGCUCGAAAAGAAUCAUGACUGAUCACAAUGGCCAUUUGUCAGCUUGCACGACUCGUAAGAAGAGAUCCCCUCUUCUCAUCUUCUGUUGUCAAUAGAUCCUCUCGCACCAGACUAGAGGAGGUGGAGCUAUAUAGAUCAUGACUGAUCACAAAGACACAAUUGUCACCCUGUAAUGCUCUUAAGAAGAGAUCCCUUCUUCGUAUCUUCUGUUAUCAAUAGAUCCCGUCUCCUCUCCUCUAAAGCCCCCCAUCACCCCCCACAGUGAUGGGCAAACUGCACUCAGAAUCUAAAAUCCAGUGCCACAUCAUCCUAAUGGCCUGAACGCACCUGCUCCAGGUGUCCUAAUUGGACAGGUGAAAGGAGGUGAAUUGGAAUCUGUGGCGGGCGCUGGAUUUAAGUUUCUGAAUCCUGGUUGCCAAUCACUGCCACCCAUCGCCUCCCUCCAGGGCCGCUGACAGCUUUCUCUGGGCCCAGGACAAAGUCAUCUGAAAGGGCCCCCCUACCCAAUACAUAUGAUGUAGUUGGGACGCAGUUCUGGGCCCUCUAUCUCCCUGGGCCAGGGACAACAUACCCCUUUGUCCCCCCCCCUGUCGGCAGGCCCGCCUCCCUCGCUCCUGCCUCCUCCCCAGUGUUAUCAGUGCUUAAUGGGCUAAUGUCACGCUCUGUUUGGAGCAUGUCAUGAUAUUAACUGGCCUGUUGUGGGAGGGGAGUGCAGGGGGAAGCUGCUCUGACAGUCUACCGUUGGUAAGCUGCGUCUCACGUUUGAGGAGAUGCGGGUAGGCAGUAUGAAGACACACACAGUAGGCUUGAGCUGGCCUUUCUUAGCUGCCGUGGAUAGUUUUAUGUGUUUUAUACUGGUAUAGACAUUGAAGGCUUGGCAUUCCUUCAAGUUUCUGUGUGUGUGUGUGUGCGCGUGUGUGUGUGUGUGUGCGUGCGUGCGUGCGUGCGUGCGUGCGUGCUUCCCACAAAGCGAUGUGCGCACAUUGUCGCAGUAGGUUUUAAGUGCAAUUCUCUCCAAAGGAUUCUCAAACUUUCAAACAGAGUGGCGCCUUAUACACAAAGCUAGCUAGAUACCUACUUUUAGAUACUCAAAAGUUGCAAUUCGUCAUGUGAAUUCAACAGUUGUGUGUGCACAUUUACUUGUCAUUUUUUGUAGAGGAAUUCCAAUCCAAAGAAGUUGUUGAUCAAGCCUCAUGUUGUCGAACCUCCACAUCUCUCAGUUGAAAAAAAAAAAAAAAAAACCCAUAAAAUCCAGCAUUACAGUAUGAAGCAGACCUUAUUUGUGAGUCCAUGUGAGUCCAUUGUCUCUCCUUGGUGACCAGAGCCACUUUCUGACUUCAUCACAGGCUUAUCUGUAUACUUGUAUGUACAUCUCCUGUGUCCAACAAGGAAAAUGCAUAUGCAAUGUACAAGACCAAAAACUGUAUUUCAGCCCAAUUUGACAAGCGUGUCAAAUUUCAGUGUGAACUCUCUUAUGUUUGUGAAGUUAUAUUUCCGUCACGAACAUGCUCUUGUUUUACAAGUAUUACACGACCAUCUGGCAGACUGUCGUAAAAAAAAACGUCUCUAAUUUUAUGGCCGUUCAUUGUCAUGAUAAUGGCGGCGAUAUCAGACUGUCGCGUCUACCCCUGUGCCAUUUUGUCCUUGUCCUCGUCUCGUCUUAGCCAAACUAUGAUCAGCCAUCUGCACCCCUUGUAUAUCCCCAAUGUGUCUUUGAAGAGACUUCCUUGAAUUUCCAAGUCACAUAAAUUGCUUCAUUUGUAUGAGGUUAGUGGAUUGACCUUUUCUGUCUGUCUGUCUGUCUGUCUCUCUCUCUUGAAAAGUUGACUCAAAACUUCUCAUUAUUUUGUAAAUAUAUUGUAGAUUCUUUACGGUUUCAGUUAAAUAGUUUUUGUUUUCUAAUACUAAGCAGAAAAGAAUGUUAACUUUUUUCUACACAUUUAUGCAUAAAAAAAUGUUGCCUCCAAAAUGUGCUUCACAAGAGAGUUUGUUGUCACUUCUUCUGUCAUGCGGUGACCGCAAUGUGAAUAUUUCCCAGUGUACAUGUGUGAUGUACGUAGUGGCAGGUGCUCAGGCCACAGCGUUGCAAACGCCCCUGUUGCAUUGCUUUUUCUACUUCCUCCCGAUUGAACUCGGUGUUGUCUAUGCAGAGACUCAAGACUUCCUGCUAGGGUUCACCUGGUAGAGUUCCAGAACACUCAGUCAUCUACUGUAAAGUCUAGCCUUUCAUCUAGUCAAUUUGGCCAGGAAAAAAAAGAUAUCCCACAGUAUAUUUGGACAAAAUCAGCCGUGUGCGCGCUUUGCAAUAGUAACUACUGGGUGACCUGUCUCAUCUUAACUCCAAAUACAUUCUGCCUGUAGUUUAUGUUUUGUUUUUGUUUUUUAUUUCAUUUUAUUUAUUUGAAAUACUAUAAUAGUAUUCUUUAGCAUUUUUAUCAUUGCUUUUGUAUUAUUUGCCAUAACUCCUGCUGUCUGUGUAAAAAAAACGUAUUUGCCAGUAUUUGUUGUACACCAUAUAGAUUUUAAGGCAUCACAGUGGUUCUGUCUGUUUCUCCUGUAAAGUUCUGCUCAACUUUACACACUACACACAUUUUUUGUUUCAUUUCUUUAAUCACUCCCCUUUUGACAAUGUAAAAGAAUAUAUAUUAUAUAUUAAGCACUGGCCAACAUUUGGGUGCCCAGAUCAUGUCCUCUUAGUUUUGUGAAUUACGAUGGCUCCAGGGCCUUUUUCGUAUGUCAAAUUUGUUUUGUUUAAAUUGCAUUAUUCAGUACGAGUGUCUCAUUUUUUUCUGAAUUACUUAAAAUAUAUAUUCCUCGGCAUAUGUUACACUUGUGUAUUUCUGAAAUUCUUCUUUUUUUCUAUCAUUUCUAUUUCGAGGAUGCAGAAAUUUAAAGGAUUAAUUUAAAGAGCUGGAGUAUUUAUGUCCACGUUAGAGACCUUAUAUAUUUGAUUGCACUUUUGGCCGAAAAACAGACUGACCAUAACAGUGACUUAAAUACAAAGUCAAAAUUCCAUUGUUAAAGUAACUUUAAGCCCAAUUACUUCAAACCAUUCCUUUAAAAAAAGAAUACACUGGACUUAAAAGACUUAAAAAAAAUAAUUGAUGUAUAUUCAGAAACUAUAACAGUUCUCUGCUCAAAGUGAACCAAACUUAUCCAAUUGGUUUCCAUUCGAAUUAAUUGCUUUCUUCUCGACUGAUUUUGAUUUCUGUUUUCAUUACUUUUUUUCCACAGCUCUGAAAAUGGGCACGUCUACCGUUGUGGCCAUAUUUGUUAAUGUUUAUAUUGUACACUUGCAAUAAAUGUUUUUCUUGGCUCUU